AAUAUAUAGUCAAUGAUUGAACAGUCACGAUUAUAACCUCACUGUUCGUGACAGGCAAUUUUCAGUGUUGUUGCAGUUUCAUUCGAGAUACUAAGGAAAAUUAUUUCUCAAAAUGGAAUGUUUAAUUGGUAUACAGUUUAAGGACUUCGCUUUAGUCGCGGCCGAUAUGACUACAGCUCAAUCGAUUAUGGUUAUGAAAAACGAUGAGCAAAAAAUCCACAAGAUGUCCGAUAAGCUUAUUAUGGCAGUGUCUGGAGAAUCCGGCGAUACCACGCAAUUUUCAGAAUACAUAGGGAAGAACAUUCAACUCUACAAAAUGAGGAACGGUUAUGAAUUGUCGCCGAGAGCAGCUGCUUUGUUUACUAGGAGAAACUUGGCCGAUUACCUCAGAAGUAGAACACCGUAUUUUGUCAAUUUAUUAAUGGCCGGUUAUGACGACAAUACUGGACCAGAGUUGUAUUUCAUCGAUUAUUUGGCGUCUUGCGUCAAAGUGCCAUAUGCUGCACAUGGCUACGGAGGCUUUUUCUCCCUUUCAAUACUGGACAGAUAUCAUAAACACGACUCGACGGAGGAAGAGGCAUACAUAUUAAUGAAAAAAUGUGUCAGAGAAAUACACAAGAGGCUGAUAGUUAAUCUUCCAAACUUCAAGGUACAAAAGGUAUCGAAGGAAGGUAUAAAAGAAUUGGAACCUAUCACAGCGAAAAAUUUGGCAAUGGAGGAUGCUGAUAAAGCGUAAAGCAUCUAUUUUUAUUCGUGUUUGUAAUAUUAUUUGAUCAAUUCAAAGAAUAAAUGUUUUGGAACGGA